AUGGUUCGCCGUAGCAUACGAGUAGCCUCAGCCCACUUCCAGAGUGGUGGUGGAGACGGUGCAAGCUGGUCCCCCAGUUGGCUGCUGCAGCCCAAUUUCAUAGCCGGCGUCUGCAGGGACGGGGGCGGCGGCGCCGCGGUGGCGUCGCAGGCGCCGGACCGCAGCCCCGCGGACGAGUGCCAGCUGACGCCGGUCAUCCACGUGCUGCAGUACCCCGGCUGCGUGCCCAAGCCCAUCCCCAGUUUCGCCUGCACCGGCCGCUGCUCCAGCUACUUGCAGGUGUCGGGGUCCAAGAUCUGGCAGAUGGAGCGGUCGUGCAUGUGCUGCCAGGAGAGCGGCGAGCGCGAGGCCAGCGUCUCGCUCUUCUGCCCCAAGGCCAAGCCCGGCGAGCGCAAGUUCCGCAAGGUGUCGACGAAGGCGCCGCUGGAGUGCAUGUGCCGGCCGUGCACCGGCGUCGAGGAGUCUGCCGUCAUCCCGCAGGAGAUGGCCGGCUACCCGGACGACGGACCGCUCGCCGCGCACUUCCGCAAGUCGCAGUAGGGCGCCACGCCGCACUCCGCCCUCUCUGUACCGCCGAUUUUCCUAAUAAACUGAC